UUACAGUGUAAUUUGUGUUUUCUAGUGUUACCUCAAAAAAUCCGUGUGGAUAAAGGCACAGAGACAGGAGUUAUGGCAACUAUGCAUUGCUUUUUGAGAGCAAAGCAUGGAGAUAUGGAAGAUCCAAGUGAUAGUGUUGUUUUUGGUCCCUCCACACAAAACAAAAUAGAGAGAUGGUGGAGAGAACUUUUGAAGAGGAUGGAAAGGAUUUUCAAGAAGCAAUUGUCUUCAUUGAUAGAAAAUGGUGACUAUGACUCUAGUGAUGAAAUAGACAGGUCUUUGCUUGCCUACAUCUACAUACCUGUUCUGCAAAAAGAAUUAGAUAUAKUCAGGCAAUUUGUGUGGAACAGUCAUCRAAUUAGGAAACAAAGGAAAAAGGAACUACCUACAGGAGUCCCAGAUCAUAUUUUCAAUUGUCCAGAAGACUAUGGAGGUAAAGAAUGUGGCUUAAAAGUAUCAGAAGAAGAUCUAAGAGAAGUGGCUGAAGUGUCCAAUGUGCUAAAUGGAACAGAUGAUUAUCUAAGUGAAGAUUUCCGUAAGGAAUGUGAAAAACAUAUCGCAAACACUGGCAAUAUAAAACCCUCAGAAGCAUCUAAUGCAUACUUGUAUAUUAAGGCACAUUUCAACAAAUAGUAGUUGAAUUACUAUGUGUUUCUAUGAAUAAAACUAACAAACUUCCAAUCAAUAUAUUCUCAAUUUAUUCUCAAUGGUGCUAGAUCAUUUUAUGCAGCUAUUAGUAAUUUAUACAUGUAGUUGUUGAAGUCAUUCUCAUGCAUUGGAGUCCCAGUGUAAUUGUUACUAUAGAAACACAUUGCUAAUAUCGUGUCUUUUGGACCAGUGUUUCUUCAGUAUGUUUGUAAUGAAAUGAAAUAAAAAUACUUAAAUUAAAUAAACAUAAUUUUCUUUCCGUCAUGCAAUAGUUGGGCGGCCUAUGCAUAGACUAGUGUUUGAACCCGCGAGUCAAGGAAUCAUGGUGACGUAAUGCCACAGGUAAUCCGCAUUUUGCUGAAAAA